UGUAGCUGGAAUAUUGCCGACUUCAAACAUAUCAGCUUGAGACCCACAUAUCAACCCGAGACUAUCAUCGGGUAUACUCUUGUAUAAGUCAGUAUCAAUCAGACCCAAUCAAUUAUAUCAGUCUGUGACACAUUAAUACAUAUUGGUAUAUUUUCAGAGAUGUUCUUUUUGCAAAUCAUGCAAAUCCUGUGUGAUACUGUGAUAUAACCUGCGUGAGUCGGGCUCUUCGCUUCAUGUGCAGAAAGAAACAGAAUGGUUCGGAGUCGGCAUUUGUAGUACUUGUACCAUCUGACAUUACACUCAACUCUCGGACUGAGAGUGAGAUUAAUCACACCUACGACACCUGGGUCACCUGAGACACCCUGAGACACCUGGACAGAGUAAUGGGUCUCGAUCUGACUUUAUUUGUGGGCGCAAUAGACCCCGCCCUCAUCUGCAGCAUCUGCAGCCAAGUGUUCGUGAACCCAGUGUCCAACUCCUGUCAUCACAUCUUCUGUCAGUCGUGUAUCGGGAAGAGCAGCAAGUCCAGGAAGUCUCAAUACUGCCCGGAAUGCUCGACCAAACUCCACGCAGAGUCCUCGGAGGUAUCGGUGGAGCUGAAACUCAAGCUGUUGGGAUUGAGAAUCAAGUGUAACCAUGGGUGUGGCAUUGUAUGCGAGCUAGCAGAUCUUCCUGACCACGUGACUUAUACAUGUCCCAACGCUCCCGUUUCUUGUCCUAACAAAGAUGUUGGAUGUUGUAAGACAGUGAAGAGGUGUGAGGCGAGGAUUCAUGCUGAGGAGUGUUAUCACAGAUUUGUGGAGUGUGAGGCUUGUGGGUUCCGAGUUCAGUACUGUGACCUCUUCACUCACCAAAGCAAGACUCGAUGUCUGGAGAAGAAGCUGAGACAACAGGUUGCGCGCGCAGUGAAGUCAACCAACAUGGAGGUAAGACGUCACCGAGACUACGUUAAGCGUCAACAUUUCCAGCUUGAAAGACAUCAACGACACGCGGUAAUGAGCCAUUUCAGAUCCAAGCAACAAAACUACCUGGACAGUGUGCGCUCUAAACACAACGACGACGCCAGUGACGACACGCUUUCCGCGUCCUCCCCCCGGUCAAAGAACUCAGUUGCAGGGGACCAGUCUCUAGUUCUAAGUGCUGGCAAAUCUCCACGGCCGCCACAUACAGGGCAGAGUGUCUUCACUUGUAAGAACUGCAAGAAACCAUUCAGAGAGACGGGCAAUCACAGCCUGGCAUGUUCCUACCACGCAGGGCCAGUAAGUAUACACUUUCUACUUACAAUAAUUAUUAACAUGACUAAAUAACAUUUCCACUUAAUAUACAGAAUAUUUGCUUUUCCACUAAAGAACCGAGAAAUAUUCAUUUUCGCUUUAAAUUCUACUUCUAUAGACCCAGGGAUAACAUUUUCUGUAUUCUUUUUUUUAUAAAAACCCAACAACUUUUCUCCAAGUAAUAAUCUUUUGUUUUUCCAUGACGUCCGCAGAUUGUAAGUAUAUGUGUAUAUAUGUGUGUGUUUCUUGUGUGAUACAAUAUGCACCCCUGUCAAAGGAGAUUUUUGAGGUGGCAUAGGUUUUUCUAAGCUUGUAAAUCUUGACACAUGAAUGGUUAAAUUAGCAUUUGGCAAACUAAGCAUCGGGUUAGCUUUUUGUAUGAUACGGGUUUUCUUUCAACACAGUUAACACCGGGUUUAAUGGGGAUGGAGGGUGAUUUUAUAUGGGUUGACGCCCAGUGCAAUAACUGUAUAUAUCUUGCCGGGUGGAAUACUGAUACGAACUAUAUACAUAUACAUGUAGUGGGUAGUAUAAGACAUGUAGUAUGGUAGUAUAAAACAUAUGUUGAAGAUAUGGUCUAUGUUGUUCUCGAACACCUCCUUUGCACCAUAUGCACCAAAAGCCUUCACUGUUAUUGGUUGUGCUCACUGCUGCAUCUACACGAAAGGCACUGACAUAUAUACAUGGCAUCUGGCAUGCACGCGUCGGGUCAGUAUCAGUAAUGUCUACAUAUUUGAGAAUAUGUUGUAUAUUUCGGGAUAGCCUUGUGGUUAAAGCGUUUCUUUAUCUCUUCGAACAUCCGGGUUCUAUUCUCCACUCGGGUACAGUAACACAAAAAAACACGCUUUCUGUUUCGCGUCCACUUGUGUCUGAUUGCCAAACCUGCGUAAAUACUAAUCAGUUGUUGGUAAACUUUUCUCCAAACAUACCGGAGUCAUGACAAGGUAAAGUGGCGAAAACAUCAUAUAUGAAAGAGGCAUACAUUUUCACAGCGCAAUGGGUUUCUCUGACUAUGCCAUUUUCAUCGUGUUUGCACCGAGUUUGAAGUUAACACAUCCUAAUACUGCUGUGUAUGUUUUGUAUAUAUUCCAUAUGGUAAUACUAAUUGUGAUGUAUUUGCAUGAAUAUUUUCUAACAUUGCAUUCUGUGAUAUAGGAUGGUAAUCGCAGGGUGAUAUAUUUAUAAUAAUAUUCCACCAACCUGGAAUGAUAGAUACAAUAGAAUAUUUCAUAAACAACUAAUUAUAAUUGCAUUUUCAAUCUGUCACACCAUUUAUUAAAAAUACAUGCUGUGUCCAUUGCGAUGUUGAGAAUAUACUUUCCUUAACAGCAGUUGCCAUGGUGACUAUGUCUAUAGACCACAAUACCGCAAAUGUGUAAAUGCUUAAUUCACUAUUACAGGCUAUAUUGCACAGCUGAAUGUUACGUACUUAUACGUAGUGCAUCCUCCAAUAUCUCCAGGGUACACGUUCCGAUAAAUCUCCACUAGCAGUAUCCUGAUUGGAUAAAAAGCCAGAAAAGGAAGGUCAUGCAAUUAUCAGGCCCAGCCGUAGAAGCAUCGAGUCUACUAUAUAGUGGAGAUUUAUCGGAACGUAUACCCUGGAGAUUAUCGACUACGAUGUAGUGGUGAAUGGCGCAUUCAUUGCGUGGUGGGGAAUGUCACAUAUAUGUAAUUUAUAAUGUUUGGACUGUUUUCAAGUGAAAGCGGACAUUUUUAUAUACGUUGAAGUUAUACAAAAUAUUCAUAUUUACAUAAUAGGAUUAAUACCAAGAGAUAAUGGGCUCAAUAAUAACACAUUCAAUAAGUGACUAUGAGAAAAUUUCAAUUUUUGGCAGAUAAUUUCUUUUUUUUACGCUUUUCUAUUUCGCUGUACAUGCAAACAGAUAUUUAGAAAAUAGUAUAUACACGUAUUUCAUGCGUGUAUGAUAUAAUGCAUACAUAUUUAAUGUGUAUAUAUUUACAAUUAAUCUAUAUGUUAACACCACAUCCAGAAUCAUAUGUAGAAUUUCUUUUCCUUUUUUUCAUAUGGAUGGGGCAGAUUGAUCUUUUUGUAAGUAUGUCUUCUCUUCUUAUGUAGUGUGAGUAAUUUGAGCAACUUUUGUGCAUUUCACUUUAAAACAAUUCUGUUUUUACCAUUCUUUUCACCUAUAUAUAUUUUUACAUGUCUAACUAUGCGCUUCACCCAGACAUUUAAUGGGAAAGGUAUAAGUUACAUUUGGGGGUCAUGUUACCCAUUACCGGGCGUGAAUGGUCGGUUCCUUCAUUUCGAAAUGACAUUUUUUAUUACUAUUGAUAACACGAUACCUUUUUAUAUUUCAUAUUUCUCCUACAACCGUGUUCGACAGGGUGGGACAUGUUACAAGUGUGGAAGGAUGGACUACCAACACGGGUGUAAGACUGGACAACACAUUCCGGACAAUGGUCAUGACAACGUAUUGGCAGCAUGAGACUGUGGUGCUGAUUGAGGUCAAUAUUCGUGUCCACGCUGACGUGGUCCCACAAUGGUAUUCUGCAUAAUAGCCAGGGGAUAAUCUGGACAAGUGACAUGCUUUUCACAAUCAGAACGCGCUUUACACACAAGGUGUUGGAUAUGCUGGAACAUCAAAGUUCAACUGAAAAAAGGAUUUUAUCAAAUGAUUGGAGAAUAUUUUUUAUCAUUUAUUUGAUAUUACAUACGAAGUUCAGUCUUAAUUACUGAACUUAAUUACGUAUGUUAAUUAAAACAUGUACUUCACUGGAAGACAUUAAUCUUCAUUAAACAUAUUAAACAAUU